UGACACAAGACUUUCCGUCCAAGCAAGAUAAGAUAGAAAGAAUAUAUGUAAGUGAUAACAAACCUUUCAGUCCGAGCAAGAGAAGAAAGCCCUUUCUUUCAGCAACUCUCAUACUCUGGAAAUGGAAAAGGAAAUGAUCCCAAAGGUAGUCCUAAACUCUGGCCAUAGAAUGCCAUUGAUAGGCUUCGGAACAGGAUGCGAAACUAUCCCUGAAAAUCUCACUUCUACUCUAGUCCAUGCAAUCGAGAUCGGUUACCGGCACUUCGAUACUGCUUCUUUCUACCAGACCGAAGAGUUCGUUGGCCAAGCCAUAGCACAAGCGCUCGAACGAGGCCUAACCGAUAGCCGUAGCGAUAUUUUCGUUACUUCGAAGCUAUGGUGCUCAGAUGCAGACCAUGAUCUUGUCCUCCCAGCACUCAAAGAAACACUACAAAAACUGGGAUUAGAUUAUGUGGAUCUCUAUCUGGUGCACUGGCCUGUAAGGUUGAAACAAGGAACUGGAAUCAUUUUCCCAAAGGAGGACGUACUUCCCUUUGAUAUGAAAGGGACAUGGGAAGCCAUGGAAGAGUGUUGCAGGUUAGGGUUAGCAAAGUCCAUUGGUGUCAGCAAUUUCUCAAGCAAGAAGCUUUCCCAGCUUCUAACAUAUGCCACCAUCCCUCCAGCUGUGAAUCAGGUGGAGAUGAAUCCCUCAUGGCAACAGAAGAAGCUGAGAGAUUUCUGCAAUGAAAAAGGAAUCCAUGUCGGUGCCUGGUCUCCUCUGGGAGCAUAUGGAGCUGUCUGGGGUUCUUCUCUGGUCAUGGAAAAUCCAAUCCUCAAAGAUAUUGCCUUGGUUAAGGGGAAAACCAUUGCAAAGAUCUCACUGAGGUGGGUAUAUCAGCAAGGAGCAAUUCCAAUCGUGAAGAGCUUCAACAAGGAGAGGAUGAAAGAAAAUCUCCAAAUCUUUGAUUGGGAACUUACCCAGGAAGAGAUGGAUAAGAUAAGCCAGAUUCCACAGAGGAAGGGAUUUUCAGGAGCAAUGUUUAUUUCUCCAAAUGGACCUUACAAGUCAUUGGAAGAACUUUGGGAUGAGGAGGUCUUAACCCUUUUAAUCCAAAGAAUACUGGUGCAGCGCCUCGACAGGCAGGAUGGCGGUCCCGCUAGCCGAUUAGCGGGCCAUGGGUGUUGCCUACCCCCCUUCAUAGCAGGAAGGUCUUGUCAAUAAUGUGUAUGGCAAAGGCUUGUAUUUAUCAGAUUUUCCUUAUCCCUUGGUUGAAUGAAAUUUUAUUUUCAAAUAAUAAAUAAAUAAAUGACACGUACAACAGUAUAACCCAAUUCUUCUAUAGUUGGACAGGUCAUGUAUUCCAACAAGUAUGCGUUCUUCACAUUUUAAUGAAUAAAUCUCUUUUUGCGAAGAAGGAAAAAGAAAACACAUUUAGAGUUUUAUAAACGUCUCUGCUCUCUUGGUCUCCCUCAUCUCCCCCAU